AUGGGUCUGCGCUACUGUGAAACACCCUCCGUCGGCACUUGUUGCACAUUUAAUAUGGAAACGCGUCUGGCACUGCAAUCGCGCAUGCAACUGGAGAAGCAGUCCAAGGAGCAGAUUACGAAAUUGUCGAAUGCUUUGGCGGCGAAAGCGCAGAAAUAUAAUUCUAUAUUCCGCAAGCUAUUGGGCGAAUCGAAAGAGGAAUUCCUAAAAUGCGUCAGCGAACAUAUGAAAGAACUGAAACCAUUUGGCGAUGUGCCCGACAAACUGGCUGUACAAAUCAAACGUUCCUUUGUGGCGACGCGCACCUAUUGGCAGGCGCUGCAUACAGCCGCCGAAGUGUCGAAGAAGAUGAUGAAUGUACGUCUGAACGCUGACUGCACGGCCGCACUCACGAAAAUGCAACACUGUGGCGCAUGCAAGGGCUAUGCGGAAAAACCGUGCACAAAUUACUGCGUCAAUGUGAUUAAGGGUUGUCUGCACUUUGUGCACGAAUUCGACACGGAGUGGGAGAAUUUCGCCGUYGCCAUGGACAAGGUUGCCGAACGUUUGCUGGGCUCAUUCAAUAUUGUCAUGGUUGUCGAGCCGAUUAAUAUCAAAAUCUCUGAAGCGAUUAUGAAUUUUCAGGAAUCCAGCCAGUCAAUCACCUCGCGCGUGUUCGAGGGCUGCGGACGUCCUAGCAUCGGCCGCACGCGUCGCGCCGUCAGCCCCAAGUUUAGCCAACCCGUCGCCAUACAACAGMCGCAAGCGCAGUCAUCGUCCAUCAUUUUAACCAGCUCCGAUUCGAAAGUGAUACGCAAACGCGCCACGCUGGACGUGCCAGCCGAGCAAAUCGAAUCGGAUAUUUUGGACAUUGAUGCGGACGUUGACGAUGCGAUUGUAUUGCGUGAACGGCGCGCCGCUGAGCCCAUCACAGACGAGCAGAGUACAGAAGGCGAUAAGACAAAUGAUGAUGCCGGUGUUGGCGGUGGCGCGGCGAGCAAUGGUGGCGGCCGUGGCAGUGGACGCGACAAGCAACAGCGUCGCAAGAAUCAGCAAAAUCGCAAAAACGACGAUGAUAAUGGACGCGAYCCGAAUCUCGAUAAGUUGGUGCGCGAGAUUAGACAGCGUGUGAAGGAGUCRAAGAAGUUCUGGUCGAAUCUGCCACAUCAGAUUUGCAGCAAUGACGAGAUMUCCACGUCCUCAGAUGUCGACGGCAUGUGCUGGAAUGGACACACGAUCGAUAGAUAUAUGCAUCCGGUGACAAGCGAACAGAGCCGCAACCCUGAAUUCCCUGGCAAUCCGGCCACUACGAGUCAAACAUCACAAGUUGCCACACAACUUUUCUACCUGAAGAAUGUUAUCAACCAUCUGCGUAAUGCGUACAAUGGCCAGGACGUAGACUGGAGUGAUCAAGAAGAUGCGCUCUAUGGCAGCGGUGCGGGCUCUGGUGCUGGCAGCGAUGACGAGGAUGAUGAUGAGGGCUCUGGCCUGAGUGGUGGUCCAUUCACGCCACCGCAUAUGAAACCCACCGAUCGUCCGGGCUCUAUGCCAGCGAAUAAUAUUGAUGACGAGGAUGAAGAAGAUGUGGAAGAGCGUCGCAUUACGGACAACUCGCAUACGACACGUCCCAAAUAUCCAGGCAGCGCCGGCGCGGGUGUUGAUACUGCUGCUGGCGGUGAUACGAACUCCAUUGACGAUGACGAGGAUGCCGACGACGAUAAUGAUUUGAAUGAGCAGAAGAGUGGUAGUGGCAAUGCGGGUGCGAAGACGGCGCCUAAAAUGACUUUGCGCCGCGCGUUGUUAUUGUAUUUACUGCCAUUAUAUAUGGCGUGGUUUGGUGGUGUUGUUGCCGAUAUGCUGUGAUGCGUUGUUGUUGCUAUUGCUUAAGUCGUAUUAAGUACACGGACAAACAGUGGCGGCGUCGGAGUGCGUCGAGUCGAAUUUGUAUGAAUUAUAAUUUAUAUUUUGUGUUUGAGGUUAAGUGGCAGCACUGGCGGGAGCGUGGAAAUUGUGCAGUACAGUGUGAAAAUAGUGCAGCAUGCUUUCAGGCGUGGAAAGUUAUUUGUUAAAAAAAUUGAGUAGCAUGCUUUUGGGCGGUGAUUUGUUUUAAAACAAGAAUUUUUUUUAAUUUCCGGCGGAAAUUGUGCAUACUAAAAGUACUUUUAAUCWUUUUAUGGCAAACGCUGCAGUUUCAAAGUUUCACUGUAACAUACUUUUAGGCGCUAUAGUAAUAACAACCUAGCUAAUGAAGCAAUGACUCSAACAAAACCCUAGCAAUGUAGUUCAAGUACUUGAAAAUAUCCCCCAACACUACAAUUGUUGGUGCUUUCCAAGUCAAGGUCUACUUUUAGGCGCAUUCUAUGUAAACGAUAUAACGAAAAUACCCAGAAAGUUAUUAGCCAGAGGUUGGCCGUCAUUUUACGAUUUAUGUUUGACAUUUUGCAUUUCUGUACUUUCAAUGUUUCAUUAUAGCAUACUUUUAGGCGCUUCAGUAAUACCAAUCUCACUAAAUAUCAAUAAUUCGAAAAAAGCCUAGCAUUGAAGGUCAAGAACUUUCAAACAUCUUCCAAAACUACAGCAGUUAGUGCAUGCCAAGUGAAGGUCUGCUUUUAGGCGCAUUUCUAUGUAAACUUGUAUUAUAACUACUUAUUUACAACAAACAAAUUASAAGAACAAACAUGUUUAGCAUAAGUAUGGCAGAAAAUUAUGAAUUGAACUUGAAGCGAAGCAAAUCAUUUAUAUACGUAAAACAAGAAAACAGUUAUAAAAAGUUCAAUAGCCGUUAAGUAUAAAAUUAUAUAAUGAAUUAAUUUAAAUUAAUACUUAUGUACCAGCAAUUAUGCUUAAAAAUACAUACAAAAUGGCGAUAUGUAUGAAUGUGUGUGUGUAUGGAAAGGUGAGUCAUGUUUAACUAAUGUGUGUAUGUAUGUGUGCUUCUUUGUGCGUGCCACUCUKUGUAUGUGUGUGCGUAAAAAAAAAAACUUUAGGUCAGAAUUUUAAUUAUUCUUUCGUAUAAAAUUUUUGUUGUAAACGCAUGUCCGUUAAGUGCAUAUUUCUGUAUUAUAUUUAAACUACUAUUAACUGCGAAAAAAAUUGUGUGAYGUGUGUGUGUUGAAAAGUGUAGUAGCAUUUUAGGCGCUCUAAUGAAGUAUUUACCUUAUAAGCUUAUAAUAAUUUAUAUAUGUAAACAUUUUUUAAUAAAACAAAAACUGAUAUACUUAUGUAUUAAAAUAA